AUGGCAUCAAAUCAAGGUGGAUAUACACCAAGAGGUGGUAAUCAUCAAACCUUCAACCAAAAUUUAUACUAUCAACCUCCAUUGCCUCCAAAAGCACCUAUAAAUAAUUAUGAAGAAAGUAUUGAGAAACAAAUUGAGGAACAAACCGAAACUACAAUUACAAAGAAUAUUGAAUUAACAAGAGGGAAUUUGGUGAUAGAUUGUCCUGUACCUGUUCGUGAAUUGUUUUCAGGUGUUCCUUACGAUGAUAAACCAGAAUUUACAAGUAUAAGGUAUACCGCCUGCACGUGUGAUCCAGAUAAUUUCAAGGACAGAGGAUACACGCUUCGUCAACCUCCAGGACAGAUAAAACUAUUUAUUGCAAUAACCAUGUAUAACGAAAAUGAAAUUCUAUUAUCUCGCACUCUUUAUGGAAUCACAAAAAAUAUUAAUUAUAUUUGUUCUAAACGGAAUAAGGAAAACAAAUGGAAAGAGGUUGUAGUGUGCAUAAUUGCUGAUGGUCGUAGGAAUGUCAGUCAACGUGUUUUAGCUUAUCUAGCAGUCCUUGGUGUUUAUCAAGAUGGCAUUAUGCAAACUAGUGUAAAUGAUAAAGCCGUUAGCGCACAUAUAUUUGAGUAUACGACUCAGAUUGCAAUUGAUCCUUCUAUGAACAUAAAAACUGCAAAUGAUGGAAUCGUACCUGUUCAAAUCCUCUUUUGUCUUAAGGAAAAAAAUAAGAAAAAAAUCAAUUCUCAUCGUUGGUUCUUUAAUGCCUUUGGUUCAGUUCUCGAACCUGAAAUAUGUGUUCUGGUUGAUGUCGGUACUAAACCAGGAGAUAGAUCUAUUUAUUAUUUGUGGAGAGCAUUCCAUAAUCCCUCUGUUGCGGGCGUUUGCGGGGAAAUAGUCGCUACGAAAGGCAAAGGAUGCGUUAAAUUAUUAAACCCAAUCGUGGGUGCCCAAAAUUUUGAAUAUAAAAUGUCUAAUAUUUUGGAUAAACCAUUUGAGUCUGUAUUUGGUUAUGUUACCGUUUUACCCGGUGCUUUCUCCGCUUAUAGAUAUGUUGCCCUUCAAAAUACUAAAAGUGGUGAAGGACAACGUGAAGAAGGACCUCUUGCAUCUUAUUUCAAGUUUGAAAAAGAUAAUGAAAACGAAAAUGCUCCUGUUGAAAGUAUUCUCACUGCUAAUAUGUAUCUUGCUGAAGAUCGUAUUCUUUGUUUUGAAUUGGUUACAAAACGUCAAUGUUCCUGGCUUUUGCGCUACAUAAAGUAUUCUCAGGCUGAAACGGACAUACCUGAAGAUCUACCCGAAUUAAUCAGCCAACGAAGGCGUUGGUUAAAUGGAACUUUCUUUGCUAUUAUUGCUAUUCAAGAAAAUAAACCUGAUGGUUUUAGUUUAUACGCUUUAGUUGAGAAGUUCAAAUUUGCUAGUGUUAUCAUUUCUUUAAUUGCCACAUAUGGCAUAUAUGUAAUUUCAAGUAUUAUGAUGCUUGAUCCUUGGCAUAUGUUGACUUGUAUUAUACAAUAUACUUUGUUAAUACCAUUUUACAUUAAUAUUUUAAAUGUUUAUGCUUUCUGCAAUAUUCACGAUGUCAGUUGGGGAACUAAAGGUCCUGCAGUUCGCGCAAAUAAUGCCAUUUUCGUGCAAGAUGAAACUGGAAUUAUUAAAGCACAAGUUACAGUUCCUGAUGAGAAUAUUGUUAGACGAACACAUCAUGAAGCUUAUAAAGAAAUACGUAGAAAAGAGAAUGAGGUAAAGCGAAAGAGCAGAAAAGACAAACAAGAAGAUUCUCAAAAAGCUUUUCGAACAUUGGUUUUGUUUUUAUGGAUUUUUACCAAUGCUUUAUUAAUAAUUGCUAUCAGAGGUGAUAUUUUGGAGCUAAUUAUGCAUAGAGAAACACCUUAUGAAGAAAUACUUCAUGAAGGGACACAUGAA